CACAUACCAGGCUCUCGUAAACUCAUCAUAAUUCAACCUUCUAUCCGUACCUCGCCCCAUGAAACGAUUGAGUAUAAGUAAGAGAUUACGGUCCCUCCCCAAAACAGGCAAGACACCGAGAGACAGAGAGGAUCACCUGUUUUUUUUUUCCCGAACUAGGAAGAUGUCGCUUGCUAAGAGGAACAACGGCUGUUACGAGUGCUGCAAGAGACGUCUGAGAUGUGACAAGACAGAGCCCGAAUGUCUCAAGUGUCAGAAGAAAGGCAUCUCUUGCUCCGGGCAGGGCCUGCGGUGUAGGUACAGCAGCCACAUGGCUGUUGACUCCGCGCCUGGAGGAGGAAAGCCGUUGGCUUUGACGUUCAUCGCGCCGGCGGAAACUCAAUCUGGCAAGAGUCUUAGAUGGGUUGACUCUGCGCAGAGGAUGAGAAAGGAGAGGGUGAGGAAGAACAAGGGACGGGCUGCUUCUGAUAGUCCGACGUCGUCGAAUCCUCCUGACUUGUCGUCUUCUGAUGAUGCUACGUCACCGUCGUCGGAUGACUCGGCUUCUGAGUUUGGUGGUGUUGUUGUGCCGUAUAGAUAUGGUGUUACGAUACAUCCUGCGCUGAACGAAGCUUCGAAUGCCCACACAAGGAGGUUGUUCAGUCAUUUCUCCGAGACCAUCGCCGGACACAUGGUUGUACUAGACUCAUUCUCCUUCAGCAACGGAUAUCGAGACAUCAUUCUACCGCUCGCUCAACAAGAUGAGAACCUCGCACAAGCUGUAUCAGUCGUCUCGGCGUUUCACUUAGGACAAAUGGAUCCAAGGUUACAACGUAUCGCUGAAGCAGGUCACCAAGCUAUUGUCCAGAAGCUACGGAGGGAUUCACUUCAACUUAGCCCCGAACAACUCUUCAACCCAUAUAUCCUCGCGACUAUCUUGGUACUUUUGGUUGGUGAAACGAUCACCGGCGCCGACAACUACACAUACCUUUUGGAGAUGCUCAACUGCCUUACACAAUAUCCAGACUGGAUUUCAAUGCUGCCGCCAAGUCUGAAGGACUUCUUUUUUCAGCAGAUCAAGAUGUUCCAACUGUUUGGCGUCCCUCUAGCCAACGAAUCCAAAGGCCUCCAAGUCCUCACCGGCCCCGAAGCAUACCUCGACUUCAUGGCCUACCCCGAACUCCCUCCCCAAUCCGAACACUUCACCAACAUGGAAACCAUCCGCUCCGCCAUCUUCGACGCAUGCAGCAUCUACCGCCGCCGCGCAGAAUCCUCCCUCAGCGACCACGAAUCCAUCCAUCUCGUCGAGCAACUGCGUCUCAAAGUCCUCAACCUCGACUCUACAACAAAAGGAGCGCACGCUCUUGUGUGGACGUACUUUAUCGCUGCUGCGGAGAGUAUUCUCCCGAAGCAUAGGGAGUUCUUUGCGGGGAGGUUGGCGGAUUUGUAUAGUGUUACGAAUUUUGGAAGUAUUCCUGUUGCGGUCAAGGCGUUGGGGACGAUUUGGAGUAUGCAUGGCACGAGGAGGUGGACGGAGAUUGUCAGUAGCGAGACGCCGAUUCUUAUUAUGUAAAUUAUGGGAUUGUUAUGAAUGGAUGAUAAAAGGGUUAUAGGUAAAGGCGUUAUGGAGGAUAGAUGGAAAAUUGAUUUACUGUCAUGAUUGACGUUCAUUGGCAGCAGCAUCGCCCAACUGGGCCUUGAUGUUAAACGGUGGAAAGUUUUGUGUAGCUCAGCAUAAGCUUAUGAGUGUACUCUUCAUUAAAUCUUGGUCCUAUCUCG